ACAACUAUCAUGUAUAAGAAGCCAAGGAGCACCCUUCGUUUCUAAUUCCUCUGUUUUUGUAAACGCCAUAUCACACUCACCCUCACCUUACCUCCUCGCUUCCUUUCUCUUUCUCUUGAGUUUCCAAUUGAAAAGAAUUAAACAUUUCUUCAAUUCCUAUCCUCAAAUAAAUUCAACAGAACAGGAAAAAGAAAAGAAAAAAAAAAAAAUCCAGCCUCUCUUAACAAGACAAAACAGAGUAGUUAGAAGUCAGGUCAUUCACAAACAUCUGUUGUAACCAGAAAAGCCAUCACUAGUGCUACCCAUAAUUUCAUUUAUGGUGGAAGAAGAUUCAACACCAACUCAUAAGAAAAAACAAAAACCUAUCUUGGCUUGCUCUUUCAUCUGCUAACUGCUAAGACGGUGGAAAAGCGAUUGCCCCAUUGCGUACGCGAUUCGUGGUCAUCUACUCAUCUAUAAACUUUCCGUUUGUUCUUUUCUAUUUCCCUAGAAAGUUAUGGAAAUGGCGGAAAAUCCAAAAUUGGAUUUGGCUUCUUGUCGCUGUAAGGCUGGUGGAUUAGAAGAAAACAUGGAAACCCAGAAAAUCUCUGUUUUGGAUCACAUAAAUAGAUUUCAAUACACGACGGAGAAAUCUGAUAGCUUUGUUAUGGAUAUGGAAAGCUUCUCCCAUGUCAGCAACAAUAAAGAUAUCAAUCCAAAUUCAAGAAUCACAUUACAGAGAAGCCAUUCCAGAAAAGGAUCUCUACGCGGUGGCAGUGGCGGAGGUUGCAUCGAGAAGAAUAUUAAUUCUGAUCCUCAUGACAGAAACACUAUUGCUGCUUCCUCCUCCUCACCCAGAGGGCCUAGCAUGUCUGAAAAAGCCUCGUUGGUGGCGGUUGGGACCACUGAUCAUUCUAGCAACUCACAAGUUCAUCACCAGAUCACCAUUACUACUACAACUGGCAAUCUGAAUGCCUCCACAGAAAGCAGAUGCACCAUCAGGAGAAACAGUUUCAAACGUUCUCCUUCUUCAUGGGCAAUUGAUCCCAAAAGAAUUCUUUUCUUUUUUGCCACCUUAUCAAGCAUGGGAACAAUGUUGCUAAUAUACUUCACUCUUUCUGUGGGCAAGCUUGGUGCAGAUGACAGUGCCCUCGAUUGAUACCAGCAAGCCAGCCUGUAGUAUACCUUAUCAGAUAAAGAAAAUAACCAUUGCUUACCUUUCAGAGCAGAGUGUGAUCAGAUGUGGUGAAAGUCCUUUUUUUUUUCAAGGAUAGGCUUCUUCUGAUGAAAAAUUUCAGAGAAAAAUUCAGAAUAUGGACAAUUAAGAAGAUGGGAAAAAGCUAACCGACCAUCCACUAUCGAUGCUUCAACUAUGGAGUGCUUAAAUGUUCCAGGGAAAUAUUAUAAAAUUUAGAGUUGUAGACAAGAACAAAGACCGAUGAGACAAAGAAAAGGAACCUUUUUUGAAAUUUAUGGCAGAAGAAACAUGGUGCUUCCGACCGAUCGUAUAGAUCUUAGUGGAGGACUAGAUAGUCCCUUUCUUUUUGAAAAUGGCUUUCACUUUCUUUCUUCUCUGCAUGUUUAUUUUUUAUUACAUUCCCAUCCAUGCCUUGCAUUUAUGUAGUUAGGCCCUUUGAAUAGACUUUAAUGGCUUUCUUGCUAGUUAGACAAAUACGAGGAUAAUGCUACUAUAUUCACGCA